CGCAUUAAUCUUCUGCCGUCCAAACUUUUGUCAAGGGCUUGCUAGGAUGCCGGCCCUCUUGGACUCCUCUACCAGUCUCCACACUCUCCAUGUCGACCGUCACGUCGGUUUGUACCGCGCCCACAUGCUGGUCUACUCCCUUGCCAUCCUCGUCCUCCUCUACCACCGCACCGCCACCCUCCUCACCGCCUCCAAGAAUUCCUUCUCCUCAUUAGUAAUUCACUUCUCCCUGCUCCUCGCCGACGCAAUACUCGCUUUCAUGUGGGCGUGCUGCCAGGCCCUCCGCUGGCGCCCCGUCCGCCGCCGUGAGUUUCCCCACCGGCUCCCCGACCCUGAUCUCCAUGAGUGGCCAGCGCUCGACGUCUUCGUGUGCACUGCAGACCCCCGCAAGGAGCCGCCGGCGAGCGUGGCGAGCACCGCCCUGUCGAUGAUGGCGCUGGACUACCCCGCCCACAAGCUGUCGGUCUACGUGUCAGACGACGGGGGUUCAGAGGUGACCCUCUUUGCGUUCAUGGAGGCGGCGCGCUUUGCGAGGUAUUGGUUGCCCUUCUGCAGAGAGAAAGGUCUCGUGGGGAGGUCGCCGGAGGCCUACUUCGCCUCUCCGGAUCCCUGUGGGGACUCCGAGUCCCAGAAGAUGAAGAUGAUGUUUGAUGCCAUGAAAGAGAAUGUGGAAAGUGCAAUGGACAAAGGCUGUGUUAGAAAUGACUUUACUGCCUCUGCCGAAGAACUCCAGUUUUUCGAGAAAUGGAAGGGAUUUGUUCGCAACAAUCACCCUUCUAUCAUCAAGGUUCUGCUCAAAAGUGAUGAAGACAGGGAUAUAACAAGCACUCCAUUGCCAAAUCUCGUCUACCUCUCGAGAGAGAAACGUCCCAGCUAUCCUCACCACUUCAAGGCCGGCGCGCUCAAUGUUCUGCUUCGAGUGUCUGGAAUUAUGUCGAAUGCUCCCAUUGUUCUGACGGUUGACUGCGACAUGUACGCUAACGACCCCAAAUCUCCUCAAAGAGCCCUCUGCUACUUCCUCGAUCCAUCGCUUGCCCCAAAGCUUGCCUUUGUUCAGUUCCCACAGCAUUUUGAGGGGCUCAACAAGCAUGACAUAUAUGGAGGCGAGAUUCGGCGGCUCUUCAGAAUUAAUAGCUAUGGCUUGGAUGGUCUCCAUGGGCCUAACUAUGUAGGCACCAACUGUUUCCACUCCCGUCGUGCCCUCUGUGGCUCCUCACCUUCUUCAAACUUGACCGAUUCAAAAGCUCCUUAUGUUGGCUCGAUUGGCUCGGAGCCAACCAUGGCUCGUGUGCAUGACAUGGCUGCCUGUGACUACGAGCAGGGUACGAAAUGGGGUUCCACGAUCGGUUUUAGGUAUGGGUCGCUCGUUGAAGAUUACUACACAGGCUUUCGACUGCACUGUGAAGGGUGGAAGUCAGUGUUUAGCGACCCAGCACAGCCUGCGUUCUUGGGAGAUGCGCCAAAGAGCCUACAUGAUUCGCUGAGCCAGUGCAAGAGAUGGGUUGUGGGGCUCUUUGAGGUGGCCUUCUCACGAUACAGUCCCCUCACGUUCGGUACAAGGAAUGCUUCCCUGCCAAUGGGAUUAGGCUAUGGAUAUUACGCCUUCUGGGGUAUUUGGUGCGUUCCUAUCAUAACAUAUGCCCUUCUCCCACAGCUAGCACUAGUCAGCCAGAAACCCCUCUUUCCAAAGGCUUCUGAACCGAGGAUUUACUUGUGCGCGUACCUCUUCUUGGCCGCCUACGGCCAAGACCUCGCGGACUUUGUAAUGAGUGGGGGAAGUGUCGCAAGGUGGUGGAGUGACCAGAGGAUGUGGAUGAUCCGAGGUGUCACAUCAUAUCUCUUUGGGACUAUUGAAUUUGCACUCAACCAAGUUGGCAUACCUUCGCAAGGAUUCAAUGUCACCAACAAAGUCAUGGAAGAAGAGCAGAGCAAGCGCUACGAUAACGGGGUCUUCGAUUUCGGUAUAGCCUCACCCUUCUUCAUCUCGUUGGGGACGACAGCAAUCCUGAGCUUAGCCUCUUUUAUUGCUGGGAUCACGAGAGUAGCUGUCAUAGGUAUCAGAGUGUUCGACGAAAUGUUUGUGCACUUGUUCUUAGCCGGAUUCAUUGCAGCCAACUGCUUGCCUAUCUAUGAGGCUAUGUUCUUCAGAAGCGAUAACGGAAAGAUGCCACGCAAUGUGACCCUCACAUCUAUUUUCUUGGCGGGGCUUGUACUGUACGUCGGGGGUUUUCUCUUCAACACUUACUAGAGCGAGAAGCAAGCAAGCCUCAUAUCUUCUAAUCAUACUACAAAAAUUGUCUUUUCGGGAUGCUUUCUAAUAAUAAGGAUACUCCCAUAAUUCACCUAAUUUGGUAAUGACGGAGACAGUAAAAGAUUGGAGUAUGAAUCAAUACAAGGAAAUGCCAUGUAAUUGACAUUGUGAAGGCUAUCUCGCAGAAAUCAGAUUUCUCUACGCUGAGCUUGUAAGGAUCCUUAGGAGAAACAUUUUCGCAUUUAGAGCAUGUUUGGUUCAUGAUUGGAAUGAGAAUGUGAAAUGGAAUUGGAUUGCACUGAGAUGAAAAA